AUGGCCUCCAUCGAAAUAGAGAGCGUCGAUGGCAGAGAAGCCAGCAAUGACGACGACGUUUCACCGAUCGAGCAGGUUCGGCUCAUCGUGUCCAACGAAGAUGACCCGACCCUACCGGUAUGGACCUUCCGUAUGUGGUUCCUGGGAAUUGUCUCGGUGGUGCUACUCUCUUUCUUGAACACAUUUUUCGGUUACAGGACCGAGCCUCUGUUGGUUACUAUGAUAUCAAUUCAGGUGGCCUCGCUUCCAAUUGGUCGAUUCAUGGAGAGAGUGCUUCCAACGAGGAGGUUUCGGGUCUUCGGGUUCGGAGAGUUCUCGCUUAACCCGGGCCCAUUUAACGUGAAGGAGCACGUGCUUAUUUCCAUAUUCGCAAAUGCGGGUGCUGCAUUUGGGAAUGGUUCUGCUUAUGCUCUCAGUAUUGUGGAUAUAAUUCGCGUCUUUUACGGUAGAAAGAUUAGUUUCUUGGCUAGCUGGCUCCUUGUCAUAACAACGCAGGUUUUGGGGUAUGGAUGGGCCGGGAUAUUGAGAAAGUACGUGGUGGAACCGGCGCAUAUGUGGUGGCCCUCAACACUAGUGCAAGUUUCUUUGUUCAGGGCUUUGCAUGAAAAAGACACGAACCGCAUGUCGCGAGGGAAAUUCUUUUUGAUUGCGCUUAUUUGCAGCUUCUCGUGGUACGUCGUUCCUGGCUACCUCUUUGCCACUUUAUCAAUCAUUUCGUGGGUGUGUUGGAUAUUUCCUCAUUCGGUAACAGCCCAUCAAAUUGGAUCAGGCAAGAAUGGACUUGGUUUGGGUUCCUUUUCACUUGACUGGACCACUAUAGCUGCAUUCCUUGGCAAUCCACUUGUUACCCCCUUCUUUGCAACAGCUAAUAUCAUUGUGGGCUACAUCUUAUUAAUCUAUAUACUCAUUCCCAUAUCAUAUUGGGGACUUAAUGUAUAUAAUGCCAAGAACUUCCCCAUAUACUCUUCAAAACUAUUCACUGCCCAAGGUCAUAGAUACAAUGUGACAGCCAUUGUGAAUGAAAAGUUUGAGAUAGAUAUGCAGGCAUACGAGAAACAAGGACGCGUCAACAUGAGUGUGUUCUUUGCUGUUAGCUAUGGUGUUGGUUUUGCUGCCAUUGUCUCUUCCCUCACUCAUGUGGCCUUAUUUAAUGGGAGGGAGAUAUAUCAACAAUUCCGAUCUUCUCGAUCUGGAAAGGAAGACAUUCACACGAGAUUGAUGAAGAAGUACGAGGACAUACCUAACUGGUGGUUUCAUGUGAUGCUUUUGGCUUCAUUUCUACUUGCACUUGUACUCUGUAUUUUCAUGAAAGAACAGAUACAAAUGCCUUGGUGGGCUCUCAUAUUUGCAGCUGCGCUUGCAGUAACUUUUACUCUUCCCGUCAGCAUCAUAACGGCCACUACUAAUCAGACUCCAGGUUUAAAUAUCAUUACGGAAUACAUAAUGGGAGUGAUUUUACCUGGCAGACCAAUAGCCAACGUUUGUUUCAAAACCUAUGGGUACAUGAGUAUGUCACAGGCUGUUUCCUUUCUAUCUGAUUUCAAGCUUGGACAUUACAUGAAGGUCCCGCCACGGUCAAUGUUCAUAGUUCAGGCUGUAGGGACUCUGAUAGCUGGAACCGUCGAUGUGGGCGUCGCAUGGUGGUUGCUGGGUACAAUCAAGAAUAUAUGUCACGAAGAACUACUACCCCCAGAGAGUCCAUGGACUUGCCCGGGUGACCAAGUCUUCUUUGAUGCAUCCGUCAUAUGGGGUUUGGUUGGUCCAAAAAGAAUUUUUGGCAUUCUUGGGAAUUACUCAAAACUCAAUUGGUUCUUCCUUAUAGGAGCAUUGGGACCACUAAUUGUAUGGCUACUACAUAAAGCCUUUCCCAAACAGAAAUGGAUAUCCUUAAUUCACCUUCCUGUACUUCUUGGCGCAACUGGGAACAUGCCACCAGCUAGCACAGUGAACUUCAAUUCAUGGAUUAUUGCUGCCACAAUCUUUAACUAUUUUAUAUUCAAACAUCGUAAGAAGUGGUGGCAGCGAUACAAUUAUGUACUAGCAGCAGCUUUAGACGCUGGAUUGGCUUUCAUGACGGUUCUUCUCUAUUUUGCCGUUAACAUGGAGGAAAAAAGUCUAUCCUGGUGGGGACAAGAUGAACACUGUGCCCUUGCCAAAUGUCCAACAGCGAAAGGCAUAAUUGCUGAAGGGUGUCCUUAG